GAAGACAUAAGCGGUCUUUAUAGCGCGGCUGAACAUUACUGGAACUUUGAUCAAUCACAAGUGUCGCAGAUUGCUGAUCAGAGGACUGGGACGGGAGUUACCUCACACGGAUCACCAGAACUGAAAGACUCUCCAACAAACAACGCCCUCUAUUUAUCAGGGACUUCUUCAUUAGAUCUUUUGGAGGUUACUGAAUCUUCUUGCCUCUUCGAUCCAUCAAACUGCGUUACCGGUUUUUCAAUUACUAUGUUUAUUAAAUACCGACCAAGGGGAUCCUACAGCGUCAACGGUACCCAAAUGUUCUUUGGCAACAGGGAAGGGAUACAGUUGAAUCAAGGAAUUUCCAUCUACUACGACGAAACAUCAAAGAAUGUAAACGUUACAGUUUUUGGAAGCAGCAGUUAUUGUUACGGGACAUUUGGUAAGUACAACUGUGUAGAUAAUGCUUAAUAUCAAACGACUAAGGCAGAUACAUAGCCUUGCUUUUCAAGGGGUGAAAUAUGGCAAUUACCAUGGAUACGCUAUAUUAUCUCAUAUACUUUUUCCUUUGCUUCACAGAAUUAGUUAAGGGGUCCUGGACGCAUCUCCACGUUAAGUGGCAAAACACUGGAGACUUGAAUGUCUUCUUAGAAGGGGAAACUAAUUCUAUCGCCAGUGUAAUCUGCGGGAACAUAGUUACGCCUCUUUCUACAGCAAGAAUAUAUAGCCUCGGAAAAGUGUUUUUUCCGAUUGUUUACCUGGACAAUUUAGCACUGUGGUUUACAAACAAAUCUCCGUUCAUUGAGCCUUGGAAUCAUAUUAUAGGUAAGGAGAACUGUGUUUCAUCUACGACCGGACGGUAUAAAUGCAUUUAGAGGAAGUAAUAUGUAGAUUUAGCCAGGGUGGCCGGUAGCAUUUCUCAUUUUCUCACCGCCGCUACAAGAUUGUCAAGUUGUUCUCUCCAAAAAAAUUUAUCCUUUGCUUUUAUCUCUCGCUUUAGCUCUCCGUCGCUCUCAGUUUUCUCGUUGAGCUUCGCUGGCCUAUCGCCUACUUUCUCUUUUUCUCUGUCUUUCUCUUUUUUAUAUUCCAAAUUUGUGGACAUGGCAAUUAAUCUAAGCCUAAUACUUCAGACAACACGGAUACAGAAACAAUUUCCGCUUUCCUUUUUCGUCUUUAUUGACUCUUUAGUUACCUCUGCUUCACAAUACUCGGGUAGCUAUGCGACUUCCCGCCAAAAUAAUCUCGAGUUGCAUUUGGUUUGCUAUACCUGUUGAUUGAGUCAUUUUACAUUCAUAUGCCUGUGGUGCGGACGGACUGUCGCUCGGUCGGGCGGUGUAACCUGUAAAGUAAGAAGUUGGAGAUAUUUUUAAUCGUUUCUCUGUCGAAACAUCUGUGAAAUUGUUAGAAAGAGUUAAUUGAAAAGUAUUUUAAGAAUUUUUUUAUUUAUUUAUAUUUCUUUAAUGUUUUAAUCUAGCGUUUUUAAAGUUAUUUUAGUUAAUACAAUUGUCUAAUUAUAUAUUCUCUACACGACCCCUCAAGCUACCAAGCUUUAAAUGUCAUCGUGUAUAAAUAACGGUUUUGAUCGAUUUGAUUUGAUUAUAUGGUAUCACUGAUUAGUGCCGAGAUACCGGUCCUUUCAUUGGCCAUGUUCUGAAUGAGCACAGAACUGGUACGGCUUAUGACCGCAAAGGCUCUACGGAUCGUUUGAAUGAACAGCAGACAGCCAUCGUUUUGCGGACAGCAGUAAGUCAUCAGUCAAAAGCACGAUAAAAAUUUUUCUGACUGAAGAAGGCAUACCUGUUGCAUCAAAGUCCUUUGGAAUUCUGUAAUAGUGAAGAUUAGUUGCAUUUCUGAAGAUUCAUUCCACUUUGAAACAGGCAGGAGUUGUAGUGCGCCAUGUACGUUGACCUUUAUUUGGUCCCUCCAAACGAUCCCAAGAAGCUUUUUGGCCGCUUAUUGUACCCAGUUUCCCACAUGGUUACACCAUGGCCAAUUAUCCUAGCGUUAGUUUUUGCUGGCUGCUUCAUUACCAUGGUAGUGUCGACUGAAUGAUAGUUUACCUCUUUGGCAGAUUUUGGCGGCUCCACCACACUCUUAUUAGAGAUUACACUUUGGGAUAAAGCUUGGGAUGUAGAUCUAAGUACUAACGAGUCACAGCAGUUUCAAGACUUAAGAAAUGAUUUUAUCGUCCAGGUAAGUAUAAGGGGAACGGAAGGAAAAUGAAUUUUACGAAUCAUUUGAAACAAUGGCCUUAAAAGUUAUCAUACUGGAGAAAUUUGGCGAGGGCGGAAACACAAAACUUGCGGAAGUAAAACAAAAUGUAUUUGGCAAGAAAAAUUGGGUCGGUUCAGGAAUAUUAACCCCUAAGAGGACUUCAUAGUCUUUCUCAGUGUCCAACCAUGACAAAAUCUACCAGGACUUGUCCCAUCAAGUGACGUCAGGGUAAAAAUGGGGGAACAUCCUACUACGCUUUCGUCCUUCCCAGAAUCCCCAACGAUCUCAUUGCUUUACCCAGUCUUUUAACACCUGAAAUUAAAAAUACUAAAAAUAGAAAAGAUGACGAGUUGGAGAGCACCUCCCAACUGGGCGGCCCCUCCCUAAAGUAGACCUACAUGUUUUGUGUUAAUCAGUAUGGAGAAGAAUAGCAGGGAAACCAAACUGAUGGCUGUUAUCAAGGCCACGUUAUUUUGUUGUUGUUGUUGUUUUUUUUGCCUGAUCGUUGACUCCAUCAUAUAUUUGGCUACUUCCUUGACUCCGUUAGUUGUCCAUGCAUCUUGGGUUUUUUCAUUAUUUCAGAUUCAAACAAUUUAUAACAGUAGCAGGAGCAACAACCAGCCCAGUGAAAUAGACGUUGAUCAAUUUAGGUAAGUAAUUUUAAUUAUUAUUAUUAUUUUUAAAAUACCAAUUAUGCGUCUCGUGUUUCCAAGCUUCUUCUGAGUGGCUAGAUAUCGGAUGUAACUGCAGGCUCGUUCCCAGGGUACUAUUCUACUCUCGUCCCCCUCUCGCUCCCGGGGGGGACGAGUAGGAGGGGACUCUAGGAACGGGGUUGAUGUCACUGAAGCAGUGUCUGAUGUUUGAUAUGUUACAUAAUAGAGUGGUUUUCAAUCUUUCUAGAAGUGAUGCUGGUCUUCAAGGAAAAGUACGGGCUGAUGUGAAGAUAACAUUCUCUGGCAAGACAACCUGGAACGACACCUUAAUUUUGCAGGACAGUUUAGAAAGAAACAGGUUUCUGGAAAGUUAUGCCAGUAUAACAAAUUGCUCAGCCGACGAUGGAUGUAAGUAGCAAACAAAGAUUCCUAUGAUGUAUACAAUCCAUGCAACGUGUAACAACAUUGUUAACAACAAUGUAAUUUCUUAUACGCGGUAAAACUCAUUAUUACUAUACAAUAGACCAUUUCCGAGUUCCAAAAACCCUCACUUUCAAAACGAGGCUACGUGCAAACCUUGCUACGUGCAAAAUUUUAUUUGCAUGAGAAUAAAUAAUCAUUUUCAUAUCAAUAGCUUCGCAAUUAGCCUCGCUUUGAAACAGAGGAUUGGGGCAAGUCUGAAACAAUUGAAGUCGCCGUGGUCAUGCUGAUUGGCAAAACCAAAAGCGUUUCCCCCUUCUGGGAAAGGAACUUUUCUUUUCAUGCGAAUUCUGUGAAGAAAAAAAUUGUAUAGUUUUUUGACCUAACAUGGCCGCCUUGUCACGUGAUUGUAAACGAAGAAUAAUUUUCAUCCGUUUUUUUCCAGUUUUUUGCAGGGGGCUUGCAGUCAUUACAAAAGGUAUUUCAUCAACCUCUAACUCAAUAGGAAUAGAGUUCAACCAUGUUCCAGGAGUAGACGAUAGCCCCGAUUUAAUGGGAUAUAAAGUACUGUACAAACAAACGGACAACGACGAAUGGUGGCAAGAAAUUGACAAAAGAGGUGGAUGGUAUCGACAUCAGACAAUCUCAAACUUGGCGCCAUAUACAAACUACUCUAUUCGUGUCGCUCCGUACUCGUUCAAGGCCGGAGGAUUAGCAGGACCCAUACAAGUUAACGCAACGGCAGAAGGCGGUGAGGGAACCUUUUAA